AUACUUCCAGAUAGAUAGAAAGGUUCUGACUUUCGUUGUGAUUCAGCUUUACCACUGGACUAUUUGUUUAUCAUGCGCAUCGUAGCUGGAUGCUUCGCUCGAGAACAUGCAGUAUUUAUUUCGUGGAAUUCUUUGGCUCUGCCUCGCAAGAUACAGUGACAAGACCAAACAAAGACAUUUGUAUUUGUAGCGGAAGCGCUCCAUGGUGAUGUCAUUCCCACGAUGCGAGGAGUCGUGCCCCUGAAUUGAUGAUGAUGUGUCACGUCACUCUUACCGUUCGUUAACCUGCACAACCAUGAGUGAUCUUGUCAUUCGAGAGGUCGCGAAAGAUGUCUGGAUCUUCUCCAGACCUUUUGCACGACUCGGAGUAUUUCCGAUGGGAGGCCGGUCCACUGCUAUCAAAUUACGACAGGGAGGCGUUUGGGUACUUGCAUCGACUCCGCUGACAGAAGAUACGCGCAGUAAAAUAGAUGAACUCGGCGAAGUCAAAUACAUCAUAGGUGCCGACGCUGUCCACCACCUCUUUCUUGGGGAGUUCAAGAAGGCUUACCCCAACGCGAAGUUGAUUGGCGUUGAAGGUGCCAUAAAGAAUAUGAGUGACAAGAGCCUCCAAUUUGAUGGCUUGUGGGGCCGUGACCCUCCCGACACAGAAUACGGCUUUGAGGACGAGAUCAAACAUUGCUAUUUUUCGGGUUUCAGAAAUAAAGACGUGGCGUUUCUGCAUAUGCCGUCGAAGUCGCUUAUUGAAGCAGACUUGCUUCUGAAUCUACCAGCUAACGAACAAUAUUCAAAAUCGUCCUCUUCGGCUCGUGGUAAUGUCAAACCGGACUCAUGGAUCCACAGGGCUAUUAUCAAAAGCACAACGGUUGACGCUGAAGCUAUGCGACGUGACGCAACGACAGUUGCUAAUUGGGAUUUCGAUCGAAUCAUUCCUUGCCAUGGGGAUGUGAUUGAGACCGACGGGAACAGAAUGUGGCGAGCCUUGUAUCAGGCAUACAUCAACUGA